GACUCCGCCCCCUUUCCGCCCCGUUGUGUCUAAUACUGCUCUAUGCGACCUAUCCGUGCGCGCUCUCACAUAUACAAGAUACUGAGGUGGUCGUAUAUCACUACAUUUUCUCUGGGCCAACCUGAAAGGUAUUGAAAAGAAGACUAUUUAGAGCGGUGUCACACGGCUCGGACCACACACACAUACCGGAGUGAAGCGACAUCGUUUCGCUUUUACUUUGUCCUCAAGGAUGGCAGCUCAGGAUUUCAAUUUUUUACUCGCGACGGAUUCUUAUAAGAUUACCCACUACAAGCAAUACCCACCCAAUGUCAGUAAGGUGUACUCCUAUUUCGAGUGUCGGCGCAAAAAGGGGGCGCAGUUCAGUGAGGUGGUGUUUUUUGGCCUCCAGUAUCUCCUGAAGAAAUACCUAGCAGGUCAAGUUAUCACAGAGGAAAAGAUUCAGCAGGCGAAAGUCUUUUAUCAGAUGCACUUUAAACAGGCAGUGUUCGAUGAAGAGGGAUGGAGAAAAGUUUUAGAGAAAUAUGAUGGCCGCCUUCCAAUCCGUAUCAAAGCAGUUCCCGAGGGGAAGAUCAUUCCCAGAGGGAACGUUCUUUUCACCGUGGAGAACACGGAUCCAGAUUUCUUCUGGCUUACCAAUUAUAUUGAGACGAUGCUGGUCCAAAUGUGGUACCCCAUCACCGUGGCAACAAUCUCCAGGGAGUUCAAAAAGAUUCUGGCCAAGCACCUGAAGGCCACGUCAGGGAGCCUGGAGGGUCUGGACCUCAAGCUGCAUGACUUCGGCUACAGAGGAGUGUCCUCACAAGAGUCGGCAGCACUUGGCGGAGCUGCACAUCUGGUGAAUUUCUGCAGCACAGACACAGUGGCGGGUCUGCUGAUGGCACAACAAUACUAUGGAUGUCCUAUGGCCGGGUUCUCCAUUCCUGCUGCAGAGCACAGUACCAUCAUCUCCUGGGGUAGGAGCAGAGAGAAGGACGCAUUCGAGUGUCUGCUGGACCAGUUUCCCUCUGGGCCUGUAGCUGUGGUUAGCGACAGUUAUGACAUUUUUAAGGCUUGUAAGCAUAUCUGGGGGGACAAGCUGAAAGAGAGAGUGAUGGAGAGGAGUGAGGAUUCUGCUCUCAUUAUUCGCCCAGACUCCGGGGACCCCGCUGAGACCCUCAUCGAGGUGAUAAAGAUUUUGGAGGAGUGUUUUGGAUGUUCUCUGAACUCUGUUGGUUACAAGGUUCUCCCAUCCUACCUGCGCAUUAUCCAGGGGGAUGGAAUUGAUCUGAACUCGAUUAAUGAGAUUCUGGAGAAACUAAGCGAUGAGGGUUGGAGUGCUGAAAAUGUGUUUUUCGGUUGCGGAAGUGCGCUCCUGCAGAAAAUCAACAGAGACACGCUUAACUGCGCUUUCAAGUGCAGCUAUGUGGAGACCAAUGGCAAAGGCAUGGACGUCUAUAAGCAGCCAGUGACGGACCCAUCUAAAGGAUCCAAGCGUGGCCGUCUCUCUCUGAGGAGAAACUCAGAUGGCUGCAUUGAGACAGUGGAAAGAGGAGCGGGCAAACCAGAGGAGGACAUGUUGGUGACUGUGUUUGAAAAUGGGACCAUCCUGCAGGAAUACACUCUGGAUGAGAUCCGUAAAGCUGCUCAGCUUUGGGAGGAAGACGUGAGCCCUUCCCAACACAACAAAGAAGACGGCACUACUCUGGACAUCCACCAGAAGCACAUAAUGAAUGGCGUGCACUAAUAAACACAGUAUGCACACUGUUCUCAACACUGCCGCUCACAGACCAACCACUGAUGUACUCGAGUAUAGCAGAACACAGUGCUGCCAAUACACUAUACAAUUACAUAUCACAUCUGACUUUUAGACUUUCGAGGCAACCCCUAAAUUUUGGAUUUGGUUGCCACAUAUUUUUUUUUUUUAUUAGUUCCUCCUUUAUUUUUUACCACUCUUUGAGGUGCCAAACGUAUUUGUUAGUGCUUUAGCAUGAAUAAGUUUCAGCAGUAUACUGACAGCAGGGUUUACUUACGGUUGAUUGUAAUGUUGUUAAAGCAUCACCUGACAGUACAUUGAUAAAUGAAGGAAACUCCAUUUGAGGUGAUCUAAUGAUCGUAUCUGGGCUUCUGUACCAGCGCUUCUGCACAUGAUUCUGGUUUCUGAUGUGAUGUACACUGAAAAUGCAAAAAUUAGAUUUAAAAAUCACUAUCUGUUUAACUUUUGAAGGAUUUUGGGUGUUCUUUUAAUCAUUUUUUGUAGAUGCCCAUAUGUCACGAUAGCAAUGAUGCAGUUUUUACUUUAAAAAAUAUAUAUAUUUUAAGCUAUUCCCAUGUUGUGUUCAACAUAUAGAUACAGACUUGAAGAUUACCCACCCGUUUUAUGUCUUCUUGCUGUUACAUAACUCCCUUAUAGUUGCUUCCUGACCUAUCAGAAUAAUAUUUUUGUUUAGAGAUGGACAGAUGUCUUCUCUGGAGUUUUAUAGGACGGUAAAUUGAUCCUGAUGUUAUGAUUACUCUCUUAAUGGAGUAAAUGCUGCAUAGAAAAGUUUUCCUGUUAAUACUUAUAGAGUGAUUUAUGUGGAGUUGGUUUUAGACUUCCAUCUGAGAUGCACGGAAUACAUCAUAAGGACACUUCCCAGUGUUCUGUCUCCAUACAGCUGCUGAUGGUGCCUUAAAAACCACUCUGACCUCAAUGCCGGUCCCUCUUUCUUGCUUUAUCUUUUCAUCCCAUCACUUUUCACACUUAAAGGGAUAGUUCACCCAAAAAAUGAAAAUUCUGUCAUUUACUCACUCUCAAAUUGUUCCAAACCUGUAUGAAUUUCUUUUUACAGCUGAACACAAAAGAAGAUAUUUUGAAGAAUGUGGGUAAAACAAAAAGUUGAUGCUUCACAUUGAUUUUUUUUUUUACCCCCAUACUAUGGAAGUCAAUGAGGACCAUCAUGUGUUCAGUUAACCACGUUCUACAAAAUAUCUUCUUUUGUGUUCAGCAGAAGAAAGAAAUUCAUAAAGGUUUGGAACAUUUUUGCGUGAACUAUCCCUUUUAAUACUGUCCAUCACGCUCAUCCUUCCCUAUGUUCUCAUUCUAUGUGACUCACAUAUGAAUGAUGUUCAGUGAUUGUUUUUUUCUUUUUUUCUUUUUCUUCUUUUUUGCUGUUGCCUUAUGUUUUUUGCUGUCAAGCUUCCGUCACAUUUGACAUCUAUAUGCUGAUGCAGAAUGAGAUGUGCAGUGGGUUUAAUUAUGAAUAUUGUGUCAUCUAAGUGUUCAAUCAUGGAAAUGACUCAUUUCUGAUUCGUUCCAGACAUCUGAAAUGAAGCUGUUGACCCUACCUCUUUUUUUAACUAAUAAGAUUGUAAAUUAAUAUGAAAUGAUCAUUAUACUUAAAUAGCAUCUAUUCUGUUGUGUAAAUACACUUUAAUGGUAGUUUGAAUGAUAAAUUUUGUCUUUAAGUUUUAGCGUUCCUGUUGCAUUUUUUUUUUAUUUUACAAAAGUGAUAUUUUGAAUGACAAAAAGACUAUAAUAAAUAUAGAUUGAACUUCUUUAUCUUAACAUUAAA